AUGUUGUAUCUGAUUCUCACUCAAGACCAGCUCAGUGUAAACGAUUUGCUUAUCUUGUGCUUGAUGCUGACCAUUAUUGCUGCUGCUCAUCAGUUUUUUGGUAUGAGUAAUAAUGAUGAUUUUCCAACAGAGAAUGCAUUUGAUAACACUUUUGCAACAAGACCAGCUGGUGAAAGGCUUAAGUUCCUCCAAGAUGUAGUUAAGAAGUUCCUGUGUAAAUAUGUUUCUAAUCCUAAGACACAUGCAAUCCAUAUUCAAAACAUGAAUAUUAUUCAAGAAUGGGAACCACAACGAAACACUAUGGACCGUACUCCUGAUGGCAGAUACAAAUGUCGAUUUAAGGGUUGUGACCGCACCUAUAAAAAGGACUGUUCUUAUAGGAGAAGGCACGAAAUGAGCCAUGAUCCCCCUCCAAAAGUCAUGGAUAGUCCUGUUCUUCUAGAUUCUACAUGGGAACAUGAUAUUGAUCAAGAAACUAAGGAUGAUGUAAAUGAUUAUCAUUGCAAUUUUAUGAGUAUGACAUUGUUACUCAGAAAUUUUAAUGAUGCAUGCCAUGAAGGUGACGGUGAAAGAAUAGUAAGGUGUAUCAAAUUCUUUCUGCUAUACUUUUUUGAAGAUGGUACUGGGGGGACAAAAUAUUGCCUUGAAGCACUUCAUCUGAUGUUUCAAAUUCAUGUUUCAACUCUCACACCAAGGGAUGCACAAAGGACAAUAUGGAACAGAACAGUUAAUAAUAGAGGGGGACUUGGAAAUAGCAUUCCAUUAGAUUUAGACUUAGAACAUGAUAAUCACUUGUUGAAAGACAUGCUGAGGGGCUUAGGAUCAAAUAUCUCCACCACACCAGUAACAAGAAUUUCAAAAGCUUUUUUUGUAUUGACAGAGUUAUGCAAAAAGCUGGAUCAAGAACUUGACAUAAGGACAGUUUCUGGGGAGCAUACAAAAAAAGAUUUAAACAAAGACCUCUAUCAAAUUGUCAAGGUUCUCAAAGAAGAAAUG